UGUAUUUCGGAACAUCUUCGUCAAACCCAGUUUAUUUUAAAACAAUAAAGUAUGAUAAGUUUUACCGUUAUUUGAUAGAAACGUACAAAGUGUGACGAGCAAAGCGGUUUGUCCUUCAUCUUCAUAGGGAAUAAGUUUGGUUUUGUUGUGUAGAAGCCGUUGAAAAUGGACAGUGAGAAACUGAUUCGUUUAGUCUUCGAAAGGAAGAGUUUAUGGGAUCUAAAACAGCCUCAGCACUACGUGAGAAACGUAACCACGAAACUAUGGGCUGAAGUAGCCGAUGAAAUGGAGAAACCAGUUGACGAAGUCAAGAGAAAGUGGAGAAGGUUGCGAGAUUCUUUCAGGAGGGAGUUUAAAAAAGCCUACUGUGAACAAACUGGCAGCGUGUCUGAAAAAAUGAAAACAUGGCCACUUUUCAGUCAAAUGAGCUUCCUGCUGGAUGUUGUCGCUUUAAAGAAAUCACAACCCUUCAUCGAAGAACAACUAACUGUCAUCGAACAAUGUGAAGUCAUUGAAAAUCCCAGCUACAGUAUCGAGCAUCCGAUAUGUGACGGUGAAGCACAGUUGACACUAAUCGAAUCGCCCAAAUUUUCAAUUCUGCCGCAUGAAAUGUUCAAAAGCCCGGCUAAAAAGAAGAAAAAGAACAAUUAUGAAGAACAAUUCUAUAUUGAAAGUGAAAAAUCGGUUUUUGAACAGGAUAAUAACCAAGACAGUGACUUUCAGUUCUUGGCGAGUCUUCUACCUUACUUGAGAGAUGUGCCUGGCCAUAAAAAAUUAAAGGUACGUGCCGAACUACUAAAUGUUUUUAUAAUCGAACAGGAGGAAAGAGACGCAAACCAACAACCUAUAAUUUAACGUUUAUACGACUUUUCCUGCAUCAA